AUGGUUUUUCAAUUAGUGUCAUCGAAGACUUUUGGAUUCGCAGUGCUCCUCCAUUGUUCGGCUGUAAUAUUCGCAUCCGCGGCCCCGUCUUUCGAUACGGUAUUCGAAUGGAAGUACAUAGACUACGAUUGGCCUUCGCCGAAAGCUCGACGAGACGCCGUCAAGAGCGGUCAAUACAUACCAGAGAACAACGUGAUCUCCGGCAUCAAAAUAUGGAAGGACAAAGCGUACCUCACGACGCCUAGGAUGCGCACGGGGGUGCCGGUCAGCCUCUCCGUGAUUUCGGCGGCACCCGAAAAUCCCCGCAACGCUCCGGAGUUGGUUCCUUAUCCGAACUGGGAGAUGCAAACUCUGGGCGAUUGCGAUGCCUUCCAAUUCGUCCAGGCUGUGGAGAUCGAUCCGCGUGGCAGAAUGUGGGUCCUCGAUAACGGGAGGACGAACACAAUGGGGUUGACUCCAGUGGCGAAAUGUCCACCUCGCCUCGUCAUUUUGGACUUGAAAAAUAACGGCGCUGUACUUCGAACUCACGUUUUUCCGAAAAACGUUGUCGCUUACCUCACCGUGCUUCUCGACGACCUAGUUCUCGACCAUCGAAACGGCGGCAUGGCUUUUAUCGCGGACGCCGACAGCGUGGAUCCCGGAAUCGUUGUUUAUUCCCUGAGAGAUAACGAGUCCUGGAAAAUCCGAAACGCGAGGACCAUGAGGGCGCAGGUCGGAGCGAUACCCUUCGCCGUCAACGGGACGCCCUUAGCGGUCCCCUUCAACGUUGACGGCAUCGCUCUUUCGCCGCCGGGACGUAACAGGCAACUUUAUUACUGUCCGUUGUCGAGCUAUCACCUCUAUCGCGUACCGGUGGAGGUUCUGAGGAACCGUUCGUUCACGUCCAUCGACAAUUACGUCGUGGAUCUGGGCGUCAAGAAAUCGCAGGCCGACGGUAUGAUGAUGUCGAACACCGGCGUUAUCUAUACGGGACUUUUGCAGGACGACGCCGUAGCUCGAUGGAACACCAGGGACGGCUCGGAGUUUUCCGAAGCCCUCGAAAUUUACGGUCAAGAUCACACGACCAUGCAGUGGCAGGACGGAUUCGCUUUAGACGACUACGGCCGGCUGUGGUGCGUCACCAACGCCCUCCAGAGAUUCGUCACUUUCACCCUCGAUAUCACCGAGAUCAACUUCAGGCUCGUACGUCGCGAUACUGGAACGAAAAGUUAUCAAUAUUUGAGAAACGGUCGAGCCCCGAGACUCCCGGAAAUCGCUCGAUCUCGGAACGCCAAGUAA